CUGCAGUGCUGCUACAGUAUCCCUCCCGUCUCAGAUACUGACACUCGUCGCAGCAGUCUUGUUGAAUUGUACAUUAAAUUUUUUUGGCAGGUAAUAGUGACCCGGGAUGGCUGGCAUGGCAGCACCAAAGCGGCAGGACACCCGGAAAUAUUUCGAGAAUCUGUCCGGUGCUGGUAAAUCCAUCGCAGUGCUGACCAGCGGAGGAGAUGCCCAAGGUAUGAAUGGGGCGGUCCGGGCCGUCGUCCGUAUGGGCAUCUACGUGGGAGCAAAGGUCUACUUCAUCCACGAGGGGUAUCAGGGGAUGGUGGACGGUGGAGACAACAUCAGAGAAGCGACAUGGGAAAGUGUCUCCAGCAUGUUGCAAGUGGGUGGCACAGUCAUCGGCAGCGCCCGCUGUAAAGACUUUCGUAACCAUGAGGGCCGCUUGAAAGCAGCACACAACCUUGUGCAGCGCAGUAUCACCAACCUGUGUGUGAUUGGUGGAGACGGGAGUCUGACCGGAGCCAACCUUUUCAGAGAGGAGUGGAGUGGCCUGUUAGAUGAGCUCCUCCAGCAAGGUCUGAUCGAUGAGGAAGCAGCCCGCAGUAACUCGGAGCUCCACAUUGUUGGAAUGGUCGGCUCCAUCGACAAUGACUUCUGCGGCACUGACAUGACCAUCGGCACCGACUCUGCACUGCACAGGAUCAUCGAGGUGGUGGACGCCAUCAUGACCACGGCUCAGAGCCACCAGAGGACAUUUGUGCUGGAGGUCAUGGGCAGGCACUGUGGAUACUUGGCCCUGGUGAGUGCCCUGGCAUGUGGAGCAGAUUGGGUUUUUAUCCCAGAAAUGCCUCCUGAAGAUGGCUGGGAGGACAACAUGUGUCAGAAAUUAUCUGAGAGCCGAUCUCGAGGUUCCAGGUUGAACAUUAUCAUAGUUGCUGAAGGAGCCAUUGACAGACAAGGAGAACCCAUUACCUCCGUUUUUGUGAAGGAUCUGGUGGUACGCUGCCUGGGUUUUGACACCAGGGUCACCAUCUUGGGCCAUGUGCAGAGAGGUGGGACCCCCUCUGCCUUUGACAGGAUCCUGGCCAGUCGUAUGGGCGUGGAGGCAGUGCUGGCAUUAUUGGAGGCCUCUGCCAACACCCCGGCCUGCGUUGUGUCUCUGGUUGGCAACCAGGCUGUUCGACUACCACUUAUGGAAUGUGUUCAGAUGACCCAAGAGGUACAGAAGGCCAUGGAUGAGAAGAAAUUUGAAGAGGCAGUGAGACUGCGUGGCAGGAGCUUUGAAAACAAUCUGAGCACCUACAGACUCCUCUCCUACCGGAAAGCAGAUUCUGAGCUUCCAAAUAGCAACUUUAAUGUUGCAGUGUUGAACGUUGGCGCGCCGGCUGCAGGCAUGAACGCCGCCGUGCGUUCUGCUGUCAGAGUGGGAAUCACCGAAGGCCACAAGAUGUUUGCUGUCAGCGACGGCUUCGAGGGAUUCUACAAGGGACAGAUCAAGGAGAUCAAAUGGGGAGAUGUGGGUGGCUGGACAGGCCAAGGAGGGUCCCUGCUAGGGACAAAACGAACUCUUCCGGGCAAACAUCUGGAAAAGAUUGCUGAGCAGAUUAGGAUCCAUAACAUCAACGCCCUGCUUGUCAUCGGAGGAUUUGAGGCUUUUGAGUCCCUGCUGCAGCUGUACGAGGGCCGGGCUGACUACGAGGAGCUUUGCAUCCCGAUGUGCAUGCUGCCUGCGACCAUUAGUAACAAUGUGCCCGGCACCGACCUCAGUAUCGGCGCCGACACGUCCCUCAACGCCAUCGUGGAGACGUGUGAUCGCAUCAAGCAAUCAGCCAGCGGCACAAAGCGGCGGGUCUUCAUCAUUGAGACCAUGGGGGGCUACUGUGGCUAUCUGGCCACUGUGGGCGGUCUGGCUGCAGGCGCCGACACGGUCUACAUCUACGAGGAGCCGUUCGACAUCCGGGACCUGCAGGCCAACGUGGAGCAUCUGACGGAGAAGAUGAAGACGUCCAUCCAGAGAGGCUUAGUGCUCAGAAAUGAGAACUGCAAUGAGAACUUCACCACUGACUUCAUCUACCAGCUGUACUCUGAGGAGGGACGAGGAGUCUUUGACUGUAGGAAGAACAUCCUCGGUCAUAUGCAGCAGGGAGGAGCUCCAUCACCAUUUGAUAGAAACUUUGGCACCAAAGUUGCUGCUAAAGCCAUACAGUGGAUCACACGGACGCUGAAGGAUUCUUACAAAGGAGGGCGAGUGUUUGCUAACUCCGAGGACACAGCCUGCCUGUUGGGGAUGCGUCGCAGAGCUCUGGUCUUUCAGCCUGUGGCCCAGCUCCGGGACGAGACUGACUUUGUGCACAGGAUCCCUAAGGAGCAGUGGUGGCUGAAGCUCCGUCCACUGAUGAAAAUCCUGGCCAAGUACAAGACCAGUUACGACGUGUCUGACUCCGGCCAGCUGGAGCACGUGACCCGGGUCCGACCCAGAGAGAGCAACACCUCCGCAACCAUCUGAACCAAUGCACUGCCGCCGGAGGAGAGCUUCACUCCAACAAGGAAACGGCUUCACAAAGCACAGUGACAGCUACUCACACAAUGACUGAUCGACUGCAAAUAAAUUAAGAUAGAUAGUAGAUUUUAAAAAUAUAGUAGGUAAAAGUCAUGGAACUUUUCAGAAGGGAUCUUCUAUAUUUUAGAUGACAGAAUUGAGUCAUUUGGAUUAAAGCUCUUUACGUUGUUUCAAGAUAGCAGAACGGACGUAUUUUCUAGAUCCCCAAAGUUAUUAUAGACUUUAAUAUAUAUAUGCACUCCUGAUUACGUACUGUAUACGUAUUCACGUUUUAGUCCUGAAGAUGUAGUUACUUGUUUUUUUUAAAGCUACCUAGCUGAGCAAACAUUUGUGUUGUGUAAACACAGUGAGGCUGAGGUGGGCGAUCAAAGUCUAGCUUUUGUUAUUUUAAUUAUUUUCUACAGCCCCCAAAUUAAUAUAAUCCCCUAAAGCUGCUUAUAAAGAGAAUAUAUGCCAAGAGGAUCACAUGCUUUCAGUCCAAAGUCUGUUAGAACCGUCUACCAUCUUGAUUGUAAAAUGCGACCUACUGGAGGUGUAGUGAGCCGAGCUGGCCGUGUCCUAUCACCUGCUAAUUGUGUGUGUGUGUGUGUGUUGUGACUUUGCCUUUGUAUCCACCCUGAGCUUUGUGUGGCAUCGUAUAGUGGUACUUGUGAGUAGGUCCUUCUGUGUCUGUAAAUUUGGCAGUGAAGCAGAGGAUGUCUGAAACUUGUCCGCAACAUUAACUUUAUGUGCUGACAGUGUGAUGAGUGUCCUGUGAGAGUAAUAAAACAUUUAUUGUGUGGAAAGUUA